AUAGAAUAAUAGUUCAAUGGGUGGCUGUGUGAGAAAGAGAGGUGGAGAUUUACAAAUUAAUCCUCGGCAGAUGAUCUAUCCUACUUGGAGCAGUUUCUCACACAUUUGCAAUAUGCACAUCCAGCGAUUGCAGAUAGAUGGGCAGCGGAUUGUGAGUGCAAAAGAGGAGGAAUCACUCAGUAUAAAAGGUGCUGCACCAGAUGGACUAGUGCAGUGUUUCAUCGGUUUUUCGCACUUCUUCUUCCACCCACACACCUGCUUUAGGGAAAAGACUUAACACAUUGUACCCAUCCAUCUUCUGUGAUAUUGUUUCUGUAUCAGAUCUGGAUAGGGUGAUAUCUUGUGAAUACAGACAUACCCAAGUGAUCGUGCUGGAUUUUAUAUUCAUCCCUUAGUGCCUUUCAUAAGUCCCACCAGAGGAAUUAACCAUGAAAAUUAUAAUCGGAUUACUGGCCAUCGCCUCAAUCGCAUCUGCCCAAAUCCGCGGAAUCGUGCCGAGUCGAGAUGCAAACGCCGUCAUCUUGAAGCACAUCUAUGAACCAAAUCCCGAUGGCUCAUACGUGUACAGUUAUGAAACCAGCAAUGGAAUCCGGGCUGAUCAGCAAGGGUACCUUAAAAAUCCAGGCACUCAAAUUGAGGCUCAGGUAAUGCAAGGGUCGUACUCUUACACGGGUCCUGAUGGCGUCGUGUACACUGUGAAGUACAUUGCGGAUGAAAAUGGAUUUAGGGCAGAAGGAGCUCAUCUACCAGUUCCACCUCCUGCUCUUCGAAAUGUUCCACGAUUUGGCGGAUUCUAACCUCUUUCACUGGGUAUCAUCUCUGCCCUCCCACGCAGUCUUCAACCAUCUUCAACGCAUAGUUACCAAUAAAGUGUGAUUUUUUUCAUUCAGCAAAAUACAUUACGUGCCCCUAAAGUAAUCUUGCUAAUUUGUACCAUGAUAUUUUAUACAAUGCAUAAUUUUAUCAACAAUUUUACCUUAUUACCACACCCACAAGAAUUUGAACACAUUAUGCAAAUGCCACAAUAAAGGCAACAUUUGAAAGACAAA